AAUCCUAAGGUCUCAAAAUCAUGGAGGGGUUUGAUAAUCUUCAUUUUAAAUAUGUUUGAUUAAAAUCUUUAAAAAAAUCAUUGAUUCGCGCUUUAAUAAGACUGUGGUUAAUUUUAAAUCUUCAGGUUCUAAAACUCAUCAAAAAUGAAGGUCUGUAUUUGGUUUUUUACAUUUCUGGCCCUGUUAUCAGGAAUAUCAUGCAGUACAGUAUUAAUAGCAGAUUAUGGAAUGUCCAAAAUGAUAGAGUUGACCACAAGAAAGCCUUUUUGUCUUAUACAUACAGACAGAGGGAAUAUACGAAACAUGUUACUAAGCGCAGACCCAAGAAGAGUUCGUCAAAUGACCGAUGAUUCCAUAUUUAAAAUAGAAAAUGUUUGUAAAAGUCAGAAUUUGGAGUCGGCACACCAGGGUGGUUUUAUAUACCCAGGAACCAAAUGGUGUGGACCAGGAACUACGGCUAAAAAUCAUUCAGAUUUAGGGUAUCAUGCAAAGGAAGACGCAUGUUGUCGGGAUCAUGACAAUUGUCCAGAAAAUUUGUUAAGAGGACAAUGCAAACAGGGAAUAUGUAAUAACUCUGCAUUUACAAGAUCUCAUUGUGACUGUGAUGCAACGUUUAGAAGAUGUCUACAAGAAACAAAUACUGAAACAGCAAGGAGCUAUAUUUUUUAACGUAGUCCAAGUAAUUUGCUUUCAGGAAAGAAGUCCAUGCACUAAAUGGCAAAGAAAUGGUUAUACACAGGAAGAAAGUGACAUUAUAUGUGGACAAUGGAACUUUAUGCCUUCUGAAAAAUACGCCCCCUUAAUGCCUCAAAAUAAGUAAAAAACCUGUUCAACAAAACCUUUAGCAAACACAUCAUAGAUUAAGCAGUUAUUAAAAUAAUUAGCAAUACCCACAAUCCACACAACAAGGACAAAUCACGAAGCUAGGCAACCCACUGCACAGACUUUAAUGGCGGCCAUUUUAUGUUGUUUACAAUUCUCUAUAAAUAGUUCUAAACGUUGUGUUUCUAACAGAGGCACUUGUAACCCUCAAAUGAGGCCUUAAAGUGAUAAGUGUAAAAAAUAAACCUUAUUUUAUCAGGGCUGUCAUCAAACUGACAGAUGUCAAUGACCUUUGACAAUGGUUAUUACAAAAAGGAGUAAAAUGGUUGUUCUUAGCCCAUUUGAGGCCUCUUUUUAGGCUUACAAGUGCCUCUGUAACACACAGUUUAAAGUUUAAAACGAUUUUUAAUCGGUAUAAACAACACAAACCCAAAGCACAAGAAUUAUAAUUAUAAAAAUGGCCGCCGUUAAAGUCUGUGAAGUGGGUUUACUGACUUAGUGAUUUUAGUAUAUACGCGAAACGAGAUAGAACAGACCUUGUUGUGUGGAUUGUGGCAAUACCUAUCUAGAAGUACCUGUACGCAAAAAAUAAAUAUAUUUAAAAAAAAAUUAUAACUGUUAUUAAAUAAAAAAUAUUUUAAAACGUUUAGGGACGUAGCCAUGGAGGGGUUGUAGGGGAGUUAAACAAAAAAUAAACGUUUUUGCACAAAAUUUGAUUUUUGAGGGUUGUACCAGUGUCACCUAAUUAAAUGUCAUCGUUUGGGGGGCACUAUUGCAAAAAUGAUGGUGGGCAAGUUUGAUGGUGCUACUUCACUUAAAUCAGGUGGCUACGCCCCGGAAAAAAUUACUAAUGUGAUACGAAAAUUUUAAACAGAGUUAAUAAAAUACACACUGUAUAAUAAAUAGCAAUGUAUUUACAAAAAAAUAUUUUUAGAAAUAGAAAUAAAAAAUGUUGUUAAAAUUUGUAGUUUUUUAUUAUUAAAUUAAAUACAAAACACCCUGUAUAACUAAUACUAUUUUUUGGUAAAGACUAUGUUAUGCAAAUUUUGUACAGUUUUGGGACUUUAAACUGUUGUAAAAUACGCUAUUUUAGUCAAAAUAAAAUAUAUCUUUUAAAGCGACUCUACUAAAGACUCUAUUAGCUAAAUCCUGGAAAAUUUGCCCAAAGGAUGCUUCAUAACCUGGCCUUACAUCAGUGAAAACCUCAUCCCAGUUGUCAUUCAAAACCUAAAAUUAUAAAAAUACUAAUAUAAAAAAUCGUCUUUAAUUUAAAAUGGCAUGGGAGUUUUAAAACACCCUGUGUAAAUACCUGGUUGACGUUUUCUCCUAACUGAGGAUUGGAUCCGUUGUAUAAGUUAUCAAAUCUAAAGUAUACCCUCUCUGGUCUCAAAGUGACAGUGUAGUUGACAAAUUUCCAAUACUUUUUACCCUUCUUUUCAUAGGCUUGUCCUGUUAUAGUAUGGUUUAUUUUUGUAUUGA